AUGUCGUCCCACUCGCACGGCAGCUCGGCGCACGACCACGCCAAGCACCCGCACCGGCACCGUGCCCUCUCGCUCGGCGCCGCCCGCUCGCGGGACGAGGCCCGACUCGGCAUCACGACCGACUACAAGGACCUGAGCCUGCACUCGGCCGCCGCCAACGGCAACCUCGGCCUCGUCCAGUACGCCCUGUCGCACGGCCAACCCGUCAACUCGGUCCUCAAUGGCGUCCUCCCGCUUCACGCCGCCGCCUCGUCCGGCAACGAGACCAUUGUCCGCAUGCUCAUCGAGGCCGGCGCCGACGUCAACAGCCCGAGACUGUCGAGGCGGUACACGCGCGAGGGCAGCAAGUCGAGCGGCGUCUCGGUCGGCUCGCAAGGUUCGACGCCGCUCCACUUUGCCGCGGCCAACGGGCACAUGUCGGUGCUCGUCCUCCUCCUGUCGUACGGCGCCGACCCGCGAGUGCCCGAGAAGCACGGCCUGACGCCGGCCCAGAUGGCUGCCGCCAACGGCCACCGCGACGCCGCCGCCCUCCUG